GCGGUUUGCUUUGAAGGGGAUUCAGUCGUGUCACAUGACAGCGGCGGUGCUGCAUGGGACAGAAAUCGAUCAGCAGGCAACUCCAGGAUUUAACAUGGCUUCCAUUGACUGUCAGUAGACGGGAGUUGUUUUCAAUUCAGGAGCUUCAAGUUUACCAAUAAACAGAGAUCCGUGAAUUGUUAUUAGAGAUUAAGUGCAGAGCGCGUUAUUCGCGAUGGCUCAGUGUCUCCAGUCUGUGCAGGAGUUUAUCCAGGACUCCUUUGUCCCGAUGGUGGCCGUCCUGUGCAGCGAAGAUGCGGAGCAAGUGACUCGUAAAAACAACCUGAAUUUCUCCGAGCUGGUUAGGCCUUUCUGUCGGCUCACCUCGGAAGGCCAUAUGCGAGAUCCUAAUAACCAGAUCCAAGUAAUCAAAAAUCUGAAGAUACAUGUGUCCAAUAUUGUCACCCAGCCACCUCAACCGGCUGCCAUUCGGAAGAUGUUGAGUGAAGUUGUCUCGGUCAGCCAGCCAGCGGAAGGAUUAGUAGCUAAUGUGAUUACAGCAGGAGAUUAUGAUCUCAACAUCAGUGAUCGCUCAGUUAAAGCUAGUGUUCCUUGGUACAAUAGUUGGAAAGAAACACUGACGCAACUGAACACAUCCAAGUCCUUCACAGCAACAACACCUUGGUUUGAGGCCUACAGAGAAAGCUUCUUCCAGUCUAUGCCGGCAUCAGACCAUGACUUUCUUAACCACUAUCUGGCAUGUAUGCUUGUAGUUUCAUCUAAUGAACCUCAGCCCGUGGAACAGUUUUUGAAGCUGUCUCAGGAACAGCACCGGAUUCAGCACAGCAGUGACUACACCUAUCCAAAGUGGUUUAUUCCAAACACACUGAAAUACUAUGUGCUGCUUCAUGACAUCAGUGAAGAAGACGAACAAAGGGCAGAUUCUGUUUAUGAAGAAAUGAAACAGAGAUAUGGAACACAGGGUUGCUAUUUACUUAAAAUCAAUUCCCAAACUUUGGCAGUAGCAUCAGAUGAGCAGAUACCAGACCCCUGGAGCCAGUAUUUACAGAAAAGUAAUUUGCAAAACCAGGAAUUGUUUGAAGAUGGCACAUCUGUCUUGAUGGGCAGUAAAAAUACAGAAAACAAUGUAAUUGCACCAAAAGUGGAUGGGAUCAAUCCUUCAGUCAAAGCUGAUGGUGUUCCCAACAACUUUGAAACCCAUCCUCUUCAGCUAGAUCACCCCAGUGAUCCAGGUGGCAGCCUUGAUGGCCUUGAUGAUACCUUAAAGAAUACGGUACAGAUAACUGAUGGGAAGAAACCUAGCACUGUGACCACACAUGGCGCAUGUUUGACACUUAAUGAUCACGACCGGAUUAGACAGUUCAUUCAGGAGUUUACAUUCAGGGGGCUUCUACCCCAUAUUGAAAAAUCUAUCCGUCAACUUAAUGAUCAGCUGGUGUCCAGAAAAGGUCUGAGUAGGUCUUUGUUUUCAGCGACUAAGAAGUGGUUCAGUGGCGGCAAAGUACCAGAAAAAAGUAUAGCUGAACUGAAAAAUACAGCAGGUCUUCUAUAUCCUCCAGAGGCUCCUGAACUUCAGAUAAGGAAAUUGGCGGAUUUGUGCUUCUUAGUGCAGCAUUAUGAUUUGGCAUAUAGCUGCUACCAUACAGCCAAGAAAGACUUUUUGAAUGACCAAGCAAUGCUUUAUGCUGCUGGUGCUCUGGAAAUGGCGGCAGUAUCUGCUUUUCUACAGCCUGGUGCUCCCAGACCCUACCCAGCACAUUAUAUGGAUACAGCAAUACAGACUUACAGGGAUGUGUGCAAGAACAUGGUGCUAGCAGAAAGGUGUGCUUUGCUCAGUGCUGAAAUUCUGAAGAGCCAAGCAAAGUAUUCAGAAGCUGCCACUCUCUUAAUCCGGAUGACUAGUGAGGAUUCAGAUCUACGAAGUGCCCUUUUACUGGAGCAGUCUGCACAUUGCUUUAUAAAUAUGAGAAGUCCGAUGGUGCGCAAGUUUGCAUUUCAUAUGAUACUGGCUGGACAUAGGUUUAGCAAAGCCGGGCAGAAAAGGCAUGCCCUGCGGUGUUACUGUCAAGCUAUGCAGGUAUACAAAGGGAAAGGCUGGUCCCUUGCGGAAGACCAUAUUAACUUUACCAUUGGACGCCAGUCUUUUACAUUGAAGCAACUGGACAACGCAGUGUCAGCCUUCAGGCAUAUAUUGAUCAAUGACAGCAAGCAAACAGCCUCCCAACAAGGGGCUUUCCUGAGAGAAUAUCUUUAUGUUUACAAGAAUGUUAGCCAGCUGUCGCCAGAUAGUCCUUUACCACACCUUCCGUUGCCGUGCAUACAGAGCUCGGCAACACGGGUCUUCUUUGGACAUGACCGGCGACUGGCAGAAGGAGAAAAACAAGCAGCUACCCAUGUCAGCUUGGAUCAGGAGUUUGACAGUGAAUUAUCACAACAGUGGAAAGAGCUGGAAGAACAAGUUGUAGCUGUAGUCAACCGAGGAGCAAUCCCAGUGAACUUCCAGCCAACUCAAUACUGUCUCAACAGCCAAACUGACAACUUCAGAUUUCCACUAGCUGUAGUAGAAGAGCCCAUCAUAGUGGAGGUUGUCUUUAGAAACCCCCUGAAGGUUCCUCUCCUGCUGACAGACCUCUCGCUGCUAGGGAAGUUUCAAUCCAAAGAUUUCGGUCAGCUUCAGAACAGGGAAGAGCCAAAAAGCAACGAGAAAGAUGCACAUGGGAAGGCAACCUUCAAAAAUGAGUUUAUCAGCACAGACGUCAUACUGGAGUUUUCUAUGGGUAGUGAAGAAACAAAAGUGGCACGUUUGAAGCUCCUUCCCCAUCAGACAGGAGAGUUGCACAUUCUUGGGGUUGUUUAUAACUUGGGAACUGUCCCGUUUGUGAAUGUGGUAGAUGGAACAGAUCCUUCUUCUGGUCUACAGGUGGAUGGAAACCUUGUAAGUAAUGGUAUGUCAGUUCGAGGUCGACAAGAUCUGGAAAUUCAAGGACCUCGUCUUAAUAACACUAAAGAAGAGAAAACUUCAGUCAAGCAUGGUCCUGAUCGACGGUUAGACCCUAUCAUCACCCCACCGAUGCCAUUGCUAGAGGUAUUCUUUAUAAAUUUUCCUACUGGACUGCUCUGUGGAGAGAUACGGAAAGCACAUGUUGAAUUUGUGAAUGUAAGCAAGGUUCUUCUUACUGGAUUAAAGGUUGCAUCCAAACAUCCAGAGUUCUUUACAUUUGGAAGCAAUACUGCAGCACUGACACCCCAGAGUCCCACAUCAUCAGAAAACUGCAGUGCAUACAAAACAAUAGUAACAGACUCUACCUCUGCAUGUACGGCAUUGACUUCCCUGGUGUCUCCUGUGGACUUUGGAAUGGGUUCUGGGAACUCAUCUCUUGGGGUGAUUGAUAUUCCGCUGCCUGACUCUGUUCUCUUACCGGGAGCAUCUAUUCAACUGCCUCUGUGGCUGCGAGGACCUGAUAAAGAAGGCGUCCAUGAAAUUAACUUCCUGUUUUAUUAUGAAAGUGCCAAUAAGGUUUCCAAGCUGAGCCAUAGAGUUUUACGGCAUACAGCAGUGAUCUGCACCAGUCGGUCUCUGAGUGUGAGGGCAACAGUUUGCCGGAGUAAUACUUUCCAAGAUGAAGAAGAUGGUAGAAAUGGCAAUAUGCUCGUUUUUGUGGAUGUUGAAAACAUCAACACUAGUGAAGGAGGUGUUCAGGAGUUUCACAUUGUGCAGGUGUCUAGUAGCAGUAAACAGUGGAGGUUUCAGAAAUGCAUCAACCCAUCUGAAGAUAAAGAUGCAAAGCUUACAAGCAGAGAACGAGGGAAGUUGUGCUUCAAAGCAACUACAUGUAAAUAUCAAGAUGCUACCUCUGGUGCAUUAGGGAAGUAUACAUUUGCUGACAUCAUUUUAGGAAAUGAACAGAUAAUCAGUGCAACCACUCCAUGUGCAGACUUUUUUUUCCGAAGCUGCCAGUCUUCGGAAUCAAAGAAGACCCUGACUAACGGGUAUACAAGUUUUGUACCUGCGAGAUGGCCAACCGACGAUGUGGGAAAAAUCGUACGAAAAUGCAGCGAAGUUGAUUUGAACAUCAUUGUGCUGUGGAAGGCAUAUGUGGUUGAAGACAACAAGCAGCUUAUCUUAGAAGGUCAGCUUCAUGUAGCUCUUCAGACAAUAGGGAAGGAAGCAUGUUCUUUAUCACAAAAACAGGAAGCGCAAGAAAUGGUGCUGUUAAAAUUAAUCCGACCUGAACAACCACCUGUACCAGCAAGGCCGUCAGUGGAGCAGCUUUCUCAUCUUAUAAAAACAAGUCUUCAUUACCCAGAGUCAUAUGACCACCCAUUCACACACAAGAGAGUGAAGUUGUCGGCACACAGGUUCUAGAGGCACAUCAUGCCACGAACAAAAGAAAUUCCUGAAGACCUCCGGAAAAAAGUUGUUGAUGCCUAUCAGUCAGGAAAGGGUUACAGAUCCAUUUCUAAGGCUUUGGGGCUCCACCGAACCACAGUCUGAGCCAUAUUGUCCAAAUGGAGAAAGUUUGGGACAGUAGUGAAUCUUCCCAGGAGUGGCUGUCCUGCCAAAAUCUCUCCAAGAACCCUAGAACAACAUCCAGGGACCUGCAGGCCUCUUUCGCCUCGGCUAAGGUCAGUGUUCAUGACUCCACCAUCAGAAAGACACUGUGCAAAAAUGGGAUUCAUGGCAGAGUAGCAAGGCAGAAACCAUUGCUCACCAAGAAGAACAUGAAUGCUCGUCUCAAGUUUGCCAAAAAGCAUCUGGAUGAUCCUCAAGAGUUCUGGAACAAUGUUCUAUGGACAGAUUAGUCAAAAGUGGAACUUUUUGGCCGACAUGGGCCAAAAAUGACAUGUUGUGGCAGGACCUGAAACAAGCAGUUCAUGCUCGAAAACCCACAAAUGUCACUGAGUUGAAGCAGUUCUGCAUGGAGGAGUGGGCCAACAUUCCUCCAGGGCGCUGUGAGAGACUAAUCAACAGGAAGCGUUUGGUUGCAGUUAUUGCUGCUAAAGGUGGCGUAACCAGUUAUUGAGUCUAAGGGGGCGAUUACUUUUUCACACGGGGGCAUUGGGUGUUGCAUAACUUUUUUAAUAAAUAAAUAAAAUGUGUAUCACAUUUUUGUGUUGUUUGUUCACUCAGGGUCCCUUUUAUCUAAUAUUUAGGUUUUGGUUGAAGAUCUGAUAACAUUCAGUGUCAAAAAUAUGCAAAAAUGCAGAAAAUCAAGACGGGGCAAACACUUUUUCCUGGCACUAUAUAUAUACAGCUCUGGAAAAAAUUAAGAGACCACUGCAAAAUUAUCAGUUUCUCUGGUUUUACUAUUUAUAGGUAUGUGUUUGGGUAAAAUGAACAUUUUUGUUUUAUUCUAUAAACUACUGACAACAUUUCUCCCAAAUUCCAAAUAAAAAUAUUGUCAUUUAGAGCAUUUAUUUGCAGAAAAUGACAACUGGUCAAAAUAACAAAAAAGAUGCAGUGUUGUCAGACCUCGAAUAAUGCAAAGAAAAUAAGUUCAUAUUCAUUUUUAAACAACACAAUACUAAUGCUUUAACUUGGGAAGAGUUCAGAAAUCAAUAUUUGGUGGAAUAACCCUGAUUUUCAAGCACAGCUUUCAUGCGUCUUGGCAUGCUCUCCACCAGUCUUUCACAUUGGUGUUGGGUGACUUUAUGCCACUCCUGGCACAAAAAUUCAAGCAGCUCGGCUUUGUUUGAUGGCUUGUGACCAUCCAUCUUCCUCUUGAUCACAUUCCAGAGGUUUUCAGUGGGGUUCAGGUCUGGAGAUUGGGCUGGCCAUGACAGGGUCUUGAUCUGGUGGUCCUCCAUCCACACCUUGAUUGACCUGGCUGUGUGGCAUGGAGCAUUGUCCUGCUGGAAAAACCAAUCCUCAGAGUUGGGGAACAUUGUCAGAGCAGAAGGAAGCAAGUUUCCUUCCAGGACAACCUUGUACUUGUAUGUAUGUGUGUGUGUGUGUGUGUACUUGCAUACAUAUGCAAACACUUCUGUCCUCUUUGCUGUUAUUUAUUUAUCUUUCUCUCGUGGAUUGUGGAAGGAGCUGAAGGAAGCAGUGGGGUAGGAAUGGAAACUCUUGAGCAAGUUUACGCAUUGUUUAUUGCAUUACUGGUUUUAGUUUUAUCAUAAAUAGUCUAUAUUUGUUUGUUUGUAUAAUUUGCUGGGGUUGUGUUUGUGCUGAUUGUAGGUCGGCACAGCAAUGGCGUCUCAGUCGGUCAGAGCAGGUCUGACUCGCCGGCACGGUGUGUACCCGACAGCGCGGUGUCGAUUAGGUGGGAGGGGGAGAAAAAAUUGUGUCAGCAUCUAGAAUGAACAAAGCGUUAGUCAUUUUUCUUUAGAGAGAUACAAGAUGUAAACAAACUGGUACAGGAAGGGUUUGUACCCGAUGAGAGAAACUGUGGAAGGACAGGAGGCCGGGGGAAAUCGGAGAGCACGAGAGAGAGCCGGUACCAGAAUCGGAGCCGAGAGCCGAGACUGCUGAAAAGCAAGGGAGCUAAGGUUUACUGUGGUAAACAGGGGAGGAAUGGUGGCGGCUCUGGGUCUCAGCCUGGGGUGGUAGCACCUCUCUGUUCAGAGGGAGAGGAGCACGGCGCUGGGUCUCAGCCCGGAGCUGAUGCGACUCCAUCUCCACCUGACUCACAAGCAGAAUCAGCCGAGGUGGAUCGGGGAAGUGACAGUGAAUAAGAAGAAAUGGACAUGAAUGAGGCAGAGGCAGGUGAUGCUUCAGACUGCUCGUUGCUUUCUGAAAUUCCUAACAGCCAGAUCGCCAAGAGAAAAUUAUAUUCAGUAGAGCAGAUCAAUGAUUUUUUAGACUUGACAAAAGGUAGGAGAGGGGUUGGAUAUAAAAAACGUUUUUCCCAGACCUUAAAUUGUUUUUGGGUUCUGCUGACAUAGUUGCGAAAGGAGCUAAAUUAAAAGAAAUUGAUCAGCCAGAGAGAUACAGGCUGAAAAAAUUAACACAAACUGUUAAGAAAAUGUUAAAAAAAGAACCAACCUGCAAAGCACAAACAAUUGAUAUUGGUCUUAAGUGGCACAAAAGUUCUCUUGGUCUGUAGUUAAAUAUAUAUUUUUUUCUAGUUAAGCGUUUUUUUUUCUUGGUUUUUUAAAUUUUCUUAAGGUAAACUGCUGCAUUGUCUUGUGUUUUUUCUUAAAUUUAAAAGUCUAGAAUGUAACAAGAAACUGCCACCUCAUGUUACCUUGAAAUACUGAUCAACGCUUCUACUCUUUCAUUAGUGAUCUGAGAAAUAUAACACAUUUUACAGUGUCAUACAGAUAACUUGUGAUCCAUCAUGUUUACUACAGUAUAAAUAGAAAUGCUUAAAUAUUCUUCAACGUCAAUUGCUGUAAUGCCCGCACAGUUUUUCCUGUUCUUCUGUUUCAGUGUGGUUGCUAUUAAAAACUGAAUGUUAUGUGUCAGUAUGCAGGGAGACGAACCAUACAUGAAGCAAAAAUAAAUUAUUCUCUGUUAA